AUGCGGCCAUGGACAACUACCCUCAGAUGGAGUUCUUGUCGUUCUCGUUCUUUCUCUGCCCGUUGCGCACGCAAUCCGAUCCGCCAUGACGUCUCUAAGAUAGUUCCCGCUGCUCAAGCUUUACACAUUCAACCCCAUUCACAGUCUCGGCCUCGCACUUCACAACAGCCCACCAGCCGACCAUACAGUAUUCCUGCUUCUACAACUAACGGACCACCUAGCUUUGCCUUCGCUUUUGAUAUUGAUGGCGUGCUCCUGCGAUCCUCUACCCCCAUACCUGGAGCUGCGAAAGCCCUGAAAUACCUCCACAGGCACAAUAUACCAUUCAUUCUAUUGACUAAUGGUGGCGGGAAGCACGAAAGCGCGCGGGUGGCAGAGUUGACAGACAAGCUGGGCGUGCCCCUCUCGGAGGAGAACUUUGUUCAAUCUCAUACCCCAUUUAAGCAAUUGGUCGAGGGCUCCGACACGAUUCAUGCUCUGAAGGAUAAGACAAUAUUGGUUACGGGUGGAGAUGGUGACCAAUGCCGGAGAGUGGCUGAGAGGUCAGUUCCCCAAGACUUGGUAGACUUACGCAGGUACGGCUUCAAGAAUGUUAUAAUUCCUGGCGACAUUCUUAUGGCAAAUCCUACGGUUUGGCCUUUCAGUCAAGUCUUCACGGACUAUUAUCAGAAGAUUCACAAACCAUUACCUCGUCCUGUCGACUUCGCAGACCCUGCCAAGUCCCUCAAGAUUGAUGCCAUAUUUGUCUUCAGCGACCCUCGAGACUGGGCCCUCGACUCACAGAUUAUACUUGACCUGUUGUUAUCUAAAGAUGGAAUACUGGGAACCUACUCAGACAAAAAUGGGGACGCCUCUCUUCCGAAUGAUGGUUGGCAACAGGACGGACAGCCAAAGCUUUACUUCUCGAACCCGGAUCUAUUCUGGGCAGCUAGUUACCACAUGCCACGAUUAGGCCAAGGCGGCUUCCAAGCUUCCUUGCAAGGUGUUUGGGACGCAACGACCAGCGGAGCAGAUCUCAAGCGAACGGUAAUUGGUAAACCAUAUCCCGAGACCUACAGCUACGCAGAGAGUGUCCUCAACAACCAUCGCACUCAGCUACUUAGCGGUAAUGGUGCAACGAAGAAACAAUUCGGCAAACUACAGCGGGUUUUUAUGGUAGGGGACAACCCAGAGAGCGAUAUCCGAGGUGCGAACGAUUUCAAGAGCCCUCUUGGAAUAGAAUGGACCAGUUGUUUGGUCGAGACUGGUGUGUUUAGAAGAGGCACAAAACCAAAAUAUGCGCCAGGAGUCAUCGUUGAUGAUGUCCUUGAGGCUGUGACAUGGGCAUUGAAAUCAGAAGGGUGGAAAGGGAGCAUUGCCUAG